UGCGGGCGGGGAGGCACCAUCAAGACUGGGUUUGGGAACGAGAAGACCGGCAAAUUCUUCAAGGAUGAUCCUGAGCGCGCGUUUGGCAUCGAGUCACGCUCGCUGAAGGCCUGCCAUGAGCUGUUUGAGGCUGGCUUCAAGGAUGUGCUUCAUUUGGAGGGCGGCCUUUCGCAGUGGAGGCAUGAGGGUUACCCUAUUGAGUGA